GAGCUCCGCGCUGGGACGGAACCCGGUUUCUCUCAAACCCGGAAUGUGAGGCCUGGGCUUGGCUGUCUCUGGCUCCGUGCCGCGCUGUUUACCCGGGCCUGCGUGCGCCGCUGCUACCCUACAGCUCGCCCAGGAGGAGCCAGGGCGGCCGUGCGCUUCUGCCCUGUGGCCGCGUGGCUGCCGCCGCCCGUCCGAAUCCUCCGGGGCCGCAGAGGAGUUCGCUACGGAGGGAGGCGGGGGCCUUCGGGAGGAGGAGGUGGAGGAGGCGGAGGAGGAGGGAAGGAAGAUGGCGGCCGUGGAACUAGAGUGGAUCCCAGAGACUCUGUAUAACACCGCCAUCUCCGCUGUCGUGGACAACUACAUCCGCUCCCGCCGAGACAUCCGCUCCUUGCCCGAGAACAUCCAGUUCGAUGUUUACUACAAGCUUUACCAACAGGGACGCUUAUGUCAACUGGGCAGUGAAUUUUGUGAAUUGGAAGUUUUUGCUAAAGUAUUGAGAGCUUUGGAUAAAAGACAUUUGCUUCAUCAUUGUUUCCAGGCUUUGAUGGAUCAUGGUGUGAAAGUGGCUUCAGUCUUGGCCUACUCAUUCAGUAGGCGGUGCUCUUACAUAGCAGAAUCAGAUGCUGCAGUAAAAGAAAAAGCCAUUCAGGUUGGCUUUGUUUUAGGUGGCUUUCUUUCAGAUGCAGGCUGGUACAGUGAUGCUGAGAAAGUUUUUCUGUCCUGUCUUCAGUUGUGUACUCUACAUGAUGAGAUGCUUCAUUGGUUUCGUGCAGUAGAAUGUUGUGUGAGGUUGCUUCAUGUGCGAAAUGGAAACUGCAAAUAUCACUUGGGUGAAGAAACAUUUAAGUUAGCUCAGACAUAUAUGGAUAAACUUUCAAAACAUGGCCAGCAAGCAAACAAAGCUGCACUAUAUGGAGAACUGUGUGCACUACUCUUUGCAAAAAGUCACUAUGAUGAGGCUUACAAAUGGUGCAUCGAGGCAAUGAAAGAAAUCACAGUGGGCUUACCAGUCAAAGUUGUGGUGGAUGUUUUAAGACAAGCUUCUAAGGCUUGUGUUGUAAAACGUGAAUUUAAGAAAGCAGAACAGUUAAUUAAACAUGCAGUAUAUUUGGCACGGGAUCAUUUUGGAUCCAAACACCCAAAAUAUUCUGAUACACUGCUAGAUUAUGGGUUCUACUUACUCAAUGUAGAUAAUAUCUGUCAGUCUGUUGCAAUUUAUCAGGCAGCCCUUGACAUUCGGCAGUCAGUGUUUGGCGGAAAAAAUAUUCAUGUAGCAACAGCUCAUGAAGACUUGGCUUAUUCUUCUUAUGUUCACCAGUAUAGCUCUGGGAAAUUUGACAAUGCACUAUUUCAUGCCGAAAGAGCUAUUGGUAUCAUUACCCACAUCCUACCUGAAGAUCAUCUUCUUUUGGCUUCUUCAAAGAGGGUGAAAGCCCUUAUUUUAGAGGAGAUUGCAAUCGACUGUCAUAAUAAAGAAACUGAACAGAGGCUGCUUCAAGAAGCUCAUGAUUUGCACCUGUCUUCACUCCAGUUAGCUAAAAAAGCUUUUGGGGAAUUUAAUGUACAGACUGCAAAACACUAUGGAAACCUUGGAAGACUUUACCAGUCAAUGAGAAAAUUUAAGGAAGCUGAAGAAAUGCAUAUCAAAGCAAUUCAGAUAAAAGAGCAACUUCUUGGUCAAGAAGAUUAUGAAGUAGCUCUUUCAGUGGGACAUCUGGCUUCUCUGUACAAUUAUGACAUGAAUCAGUACGAAAAUGCUGAGAAACUUUAUUUGCGAUCUAUAGCGAUUGGGAAGAAACUGUUUGGUGAAGGCUACAGUGGACUAGAAUAUGAUUACCGAGGUCUCAUUAAACUUUACAACUCCAUUGGAAAUUAUGAGAAAGUGUUUGAAUAUCACAAUGUUCUGUCUAACUGGAACCGGUUGCGAGAUCGUCAGUAUUCGGUGACCGAUGCUCUUGAAGAUGUUAACACCAGCCCCCAAUCCACUGAAGAAGUGGUGCAGUCCUUCUUGAUUUCUCAGAAUGUUGAGGGACCGAGCUGCUGAGGGAGGACCUCAGUUAACUAAUUUACCUUUUCCCAGAUUCCAGGGAAUUCAUACUGUGAAAUCAAAACCAUGUUGUUUUUUGGGGCUGGAAUUUGCAUUGAAACACUGGUCCAGUCCAUUGACCCUAUUUGGGUGAUCCCUACCUUGCAGAGUGUCCGUAGGAAUAAGCAUAUAUUCAGUUAUAUUCAGCAUGUACCGCAUGUAUAAGUAGUCUGGCCCAUAUUUUCAACCUAGUAGAACAAACAACAGGAAAUCUUUUUUUUUUUUUCCAUUUAAAAAAAUAAUUCAUUUUGCAGAAAGCCUGAAAAGAACCCCUAAAUAAAACUAUUUAAGAGUUUAAAAGAGUUGCAUUCUUAUUAUGUAAGGAUGAUUUUAACAACUUUUUAACAUAUUCUUCCUUGUGGAGGUAUUCAAUACUGUAUUGUAAAGAAAUUUUAUGGGGAAAAUCUUUAUAUGCAGUAUAGAAAAGUUAACACAGUACUAGUAGAAGAGGGACAUCCUGACUUAGGUUUGGCUACCUUACCCAGAGAAGUGGAUACAGCCACUCCAGAGCUCUGUUACAGGGAAGGAUUGUCAGAUUCAUCUGAACUGGACCAGUGUUGAUCUGUAAGUAAUAGAAAAGCUGACAGACCAGCAGUUUUAUUAACCCUUUGGUUGUUUCAGGGUUUUUUGGUACAACAAUGCAAGAUGCUCGGAAAGCAUUUGCGAACAGGACCAGGAGGACUUAAAAAGGACCAGCCUAAUGUAGAAAGGGGUUAUUUGGACCGGAGGCUGUAGGUAAUUAUUUUAGCCCCUGCAUAUACUUUUAUCAGUAGAAUGUUUCAUUUAGAGGUAUAAUGAAAAGUGAUAAUGCAGAAAUUAUAUUAAUGUAAUUAGACACCAAACUAGGGAGAUUUGGCAAUUUCGAUGGUGUAUCUUUAGUCAGUGUGCACAGAUGGCAGUGCCAUAAGCUAGUCUAUAAAUAUCUGCUGCAACCAUCCCCCUCAUUUUAAAUGUUACCCUAAUAAUCAAUGCAGUUAACAAGUAUAUUGGCUAAGAGUCGUGAAAUAGCUCAUGGGUGGGAACUUUAGGUUACUAUAUGGUUUGUGGAGAUUAAUGGAAAAAUGAAUGCCCGAAAGAAGCAAUUCUUAGAGAUCCUUCAUUUUAAUGGUAAAUAAUAGUACAGCUGUGUCAUUUUAUUUGAAAUUCAAGAGUCAAAUGCAGAGAUCCCCUAAUUAUAUAUGUUUCACUAACUUGUCUUCCUGUUUAUUGGGUUUUGAUUUUUGUAAUCUUAAGCCAGUCAGGUUAUUUAAUAUUGAGGUAAUUAAUACUCAAAUUUGGAAAGUGACAUGUAGCAAUUAAGAAACAAAAAGGUCUUUUGCUGUUACCUCAAUUCUUACUAUAGUGGCCUAUGUGGUGCCUCUGUAGUUAAGAAUCAGGGUUUUCCCCCCUAUUUUCAGGGGUUCAUGACUUGGCUGUCAGAUGUUGCUCUUGGCUAAUGCUUGGAGUAGUCUGUGGGUGAGUGGAUGUGUGUUGAAUUUUGGUUUUCUUUUAACAUGCACGCUGGGGUUGGAGGGGGGAAGAAAUCUAAACUGCCACAUUGAGUACAGAAAAAUUAAUUGGAGAUUUCAGGUAAAUUUGAUUUUCAACACUUUUUUGAACUUCCCAAACCUAAUCUUGUUUAAAACUGUUACUUGCAGUCUUGUUAGUUAUGAGCCAGUGUUUUUAAGUCCCCAGGAGGGGAUUGACUGGGGGAGGUACAGAAAGAGAUGAAGCAAGCCCAGACCCUAAUAUUGUAACCGUGAUUUCAAAACCUGGGUUUAUUCCUCAAAUUGAAUUAUUUUCUUUUUCAUUUUAAAAAGAGUACAUUGGCACACCUGCCCCUCCCCUCCCAGUUAAUUGCAGUCUAAUGCCAAGAGGCACCUCUUGAUUAAUUACCAAAUAGUCUGUGUGACCAAGGACUAACAUUUAUUAAGUUACUCAGCUCUAUCCUCACAGGCCUAUGUAUUUAAUACCUCCAAAGAUAUUUCCAGGAUAGGCUUUGUAUACUUUUGUUGGUUAUUUAGAGUCAUGUGGUAUGUUUGUGGUAUAGGAAUGUCAUGGUAAAUUGUUUUUCAAUAAAUAUUUUGAAACUUAA